AUGAUUUUCCAAAGUAGGCUCCCUUCUUGGAUUAUUUUGUGCUCCGUCUGGCUGUUCCACUUUGCACACACGGGGGAGGCACAGGCUGCAAAAGAAGUAAUAUUGCUGGACUCUAAAGCACAACAGACAGAGUUGGAAUGGAUUUCCUCUCCUCCCAAUGGGUGGGAAGAAAUUAGUGGACUGGAUGAAAACUACACUCCUAUACGAACAUACCAGGUAUGCCAGGUGAUGGAAUCAAACCAAAACAACUGGCUGCGGACUAACUGGAUUGCAAAAAGCAAUGCACAAAGGAUUUUUGUAGAACUGAAAUUCACUCUGAGGGAUUGUAACAGUCUUCCUGGAGUUCUGGGGACUUGUAAAGAAACUUUUAACUUGUAUUAUUAUGAAACAGACUACGACAUUGGCAGAAACAUCCGAGAAAACCAGUAUGUAAAAAUAGACACUAUUGCAGCAGAUGAAAGUUUUACCCAGGGUGAUCUUGGGGAGAGGAAAAUGAAACUUAACACAGAGGUGAGAGAAAUUGGGCCUUUGUCCAAAAAAGGAUUCUAUCUUGCAUUUCAGGAUGUAGGGGCCUGCAUUGCUUUGGUCUCUGUGAAAGUCUACUACAAGAAGUGCUGGUCCAUCAUUGAGAACUUAGCUAUUUUUCCUGACACAGUGACUGGCUCAGAGUUUUCCUCUUUAGUUGAAGUACGAGGAACUUGUGUCAGCAGUGCAGAAGAGGAGGCGGAGAACUCGCCAAAGAUGCACUGUAGUGCAGAAGGAGAAUGGUUAGUGCCUAUUGGAAAAUGCAUCUGCAAAGCAGGAUACCAGCAAAAAGGAGACACAUGUGAACCUUGUGGCCGUGGGUUCUACAAAUCCUCCUCACAAGAUCUGCAGUGCUCCCGCUGCCCUACUCACAGCUUCUCUGACAAGGAAGGAUCUUCAAGAUGCGAUUGUGAAGAUAGCUAUUAUAGAGCACCUUCUGAUCCACCAUAUGUCGCAUGCACAAGACCUCCAUCUGCACCACAGAACCUCAUCUUCAAUAUCAACCAGACAACUGUGAGUUUGGAGUGGAGUCCUCCUGCUGACAAUGGAGGAAGAAAUGAUGUGACCUACCGCAUAUUGUGCAAGAGGUGCAGCUGGGAGCAGGGUGAAUGUGUUCCCUGUGGGAGUAAUAUUGGAUAUAUGCCCCAGCAAACCGGAUUAGUAGAUAACUAUGUCACUGUCAUGGACCUGCUAGCUCAUGCUAACUACACGUUUGAAGUUGAAGCUGUGAAUGGGGUUUCUGACUUGAGUCGUUCCCAGAGGCUUUUUGCAGCUGUCAGUGUUACCACCGGUCAAGCAGCUCCCUCACAAGUUAGCGGAGUAAUGAAAGAGAGAGUGCUGCAGAGGAGCGUGGAGCUUUCCUGGCAGGAACCAGAACAUCCCAAUGGAGUCAUUACUGAAUAUGAAAUCAAGUAUUAUGAGAAAGAUCAAAGGGAGAGGACCUAUUCAACAGUAAAGACCAAGUCCACUUCAGCUUCCAUUAAUAACCUAAAGCCUGGAACAGUGUAUGUUUUCCAGAUUCGUGCUUUUACUGCUGCUGGUUAUGGAAAUUAUAGUCCCAGACUUGAUGUUGCCACACUAGAAGAAGCUACAGCCACAGCUGUUUCCAGUGAACAGAAUCCUGUUAUUAUCAUAGCUGUGGUUGCUGUGGCAGGAACCAUCAUUCUGGUAUUCAUGGUGUUUGGAUUCAUCAUCGGGCGAAGGCAUUGUGGCUAUAGCAAAGCUGAUCAAGAAGGGGAUGAAGAACUUUACUUUCAUUUUAAAUUUCCAGGCACCAAAACCUACAUUGACCCUGAAACCUACGAGGACCCAAAUAGAGCUGUCCAUCAAUUCGCCAAGGAGCUAGAUGCCUCUUGUAUUAAAAUUGAGCGUGUGAUCGGUGCAGGAGAAUUUGGUGAAGUGUGCAGUGGACGUCUAAAGCUUCCUGGCAAGAGAGAUGUUGCAGUAGCGAUAAAAACUCUAAAAGUUGGCUACACUGAAAAGCAAAGGAGAGAUUUCUUGUGUGAAGCAAGCAUUAUGGGACAGUUUGACCACCCCAAUGUUGUUCACUUAGAAGGGGUUGUUACCAGAGGGAAGCCAGUCAUGAUUGUAAUAGAAUACAUGGAGAAUGGGGCCUUAGAUGCAUUUCUUAGAAAACAUGAUGGGCAAUUUACAGUCAUUCAGCUAGUGGGAAUGUUGAGAGGAAUUGCUGCUGGAAUGAGAUAUUUGGCUGAUAUGGGAUAUGUACACAGGGAUCUUGCAGCACGCAAUAUCCUUGUCAACAGCAACCUUGUUUGUAAAGUGUCAGACUUUGGCCUUUCCAGAGUUAUAGAAGAUGAUCCAGAGGCUGUCUACACUACUACCGGCGGAAAAAUUCCAGUGAGAUGGACAGCUCCAGAGGCCAUCCAGUACCGCAAAUUUACAUCAGCCAGUGAUGUGUGGAGUUAUGGAAUUGUUAUGUGGGAAGUAAUGUCUUAUGGAGAACGACCUUACUGGGACAUGUCAAAUCAAGAUGUUAUAAAAGCAAUUGAAGAAGGCUAUCGUUUGCCAGCACCCAUGGAUUGCCCAGCAGGACUGCACCAGCUGAUGCUAGAUUGCUGGCAGAAGGAACGUGGUGAAAGGCCGAAAUUUGAGCAGAUAGUUGGUAUUCUGGACAAAAUGAUUCGAAACCCAAACAGCUUGAAAACACCACUGGGAACCUGUAGCAGACCAAUUAGCCCUCUUCUGGACCAGAACACUCCCGAUUUUACCACUUUCUGCUCCGUAGGCGAAUGGUUACAAGCUAUUAAGAUGGAAAGAUAUAAGGAUAAUUUCACAGCAGCAGGCUACAACUCUCUUGAAUCAGUUGCCAGGAUGACUAUUGAAAUCAAAAACAUGCCAGGUGCUUUGCAAAACAGAGAACAAGAAAAAUCCCUUUCCAGAAGAGAUGGCAGCCUGAAUAAAAAUGGCAUAAUGGCAGGAAACAAAGGAAGCAGAAAGGGGAAGCAAAACAAGAGUUAUAACCAUAAGAUCAUGAGAUUGGUUUGGAGGCACAGUGAACGCUAUGAGGCAUUUUUUUAA